AAGUCAAAAUGGAACUGGAGGAUCUAAUGGCCGAUAUAAAGAAAACUGCUAACAAAGUUCGAGCAAAAUUAAAGGUGAUAGAACAGAAUAUCGAGACGGAAGAGCAUACGAACAAAUCUUCCGCGGAUUUGAGGAUACGCAAAACUCAACACUCGACAUUGUCAAGGAAGUUUGUCGAGGUUAUGACCGAGUACAAUCGGACGCAAACCGAUUACAGAGAACGGUGUAAGGGUAGAAUACAACGACAGCUUGAGAUCACGGGGAGAACUACGACUAAUGAAGAGCUCGAGGAAAUGCUUGAACAGGGAAAUCCUGCAGUAUUCACGCAAGGGGUGGGUUCUGAUACUCAAGUAAAAAUAAUUAUGGAAACGCAACAAGCCAAACAGACCCUUGCUGAUAUUGAAGCACGUCAUGCUGACAUUAUAAAACUCGAAAAUUCAAUCAGGGAACUUCACGAUAUGUUUAUGGAUAUGGCAAUGUUAGUCGAGAGCCAGGGCGAGAUGAUAGAUCGCAUAGAAUAUCACGUGGAGCACGCGGUCGACUACGUGCAGACGGCCACGCAGGACACCAAAAAAGCACUCAAGUAUCAAAGCAAAGCCCGACGGGUGAGUCCCCCCCAAAAUAAUAUUAAAUUUUGUGUUCAUCCACAUCUAAUUGGUCACUUUUUUUCUUCCUCUCCUUUUUCCUCCUUUGUCCUCCUCAACCCAUCUCCAUUUGUCCUUCCCAAAAUCCCGCGCCCAUCGAUCAAUCAAUCACCCACUCAAUUCCAUCGCUUUCCAAAUAAAAACUAUCUAACACAAAUUUACACCCUCCUUCUCUCCUUUUCUCAUCAACCCUCAUUACCGCUCAUUUUAUUUUUUUUAUCUUUCAUCUAUAUUUUACUAUUGACACCUCAAAUAAUAUAUUAA